GGCUUUGUAGUAAAAAAAUAAGCUUUAGCUUAUAUUUAGGAGGUCGUGGAGGUGAUAGUUGUUAACAUAGUUGUUAACAUUUCUAAAAAAUUGAAUAUAUUAGUUAUUGUACUGAAGUUAUUUCUUCACAAACAUGAGACGAUCCGAAAAGAUGGUGAGACAUACGUCCUCCACGUGGAACCCGUGGGACCGCGACAAUAAGAGGGACCGCUCUCCGAGGCGGUCGAGGGAGGAUUGGGUGUUGCGCCAAGGAGAAGUACUCUGGAUCGAUUUCAAGAUGAAGACGAAAUGGAGAUCGUCAUCAAGAAGAGACGACGAGAAAAUUGGCCGGAUAAGUGCGUGCAAUCACGAUGGGCCAGGGUUCGAACGUGUUAAGGCGCUCUCUUCUCAGCUAUAAUAUAACUGUCUCUUGUUCGACUGUCAGGUAUCUGUCAUACACAUUUACAUAUAAUACAGGGUCUGGGUCGAAGACCUAGAUCAUAUAGGAGACCAACAUGUAGAAGAAGGCCGUCCAGCUUCAGAAGUAGGGCUGUGAUGUAUGAGACAGAGCUUCGAAGUACUUGUAGUCCUCUAGUACUUAGCUGCUCCAAUUACGGAGACGAAUACCAUUUCGAAUUUGAUGAUGUGAAGCAUGGGGAUCUGAAGGAAGGCUCACCUGUCGAAUUUUGGAGCCGCGACCCUCCGGUUGCAAAAGAAAACAAAAGGAAGCCCGUCGCAAAAGACAUAAGACUAGUACAACUAGUCCCGUCAUCUUCUAGUACGACUCGUCCGCUACACCUAGAAAAAGAUACUACGAGCCAGGAGAUGUUGGAACAAGGAGAAGACCACCUACUACAGCAUGUACUGCAAGAAUCGCCGAGCUUUGUAAAAAAGGUCCGGGAGGUUUUGCCCCACUGCCCCGAGGGGGAUGCAGUAAGGGCGCACUUCUUUUUGACUCACAUUGGACCAGAGUUCGUCCACAGGCGAGCAGCAGAAUCAGAAGUAGAGCGCAACUUGGUAACUAUCAUUGGGGAAACAGGAGUGGGCAAGUCCUCGCUGAUCGCAGCACUGUUGGGCUAUCGCAUGCAGUGGACAUCAGACACCAAAAACGGGGGUCGGCGCGUACUCUUAUGGCUCGGCAGCUUUUCAGAUGAAGCUUGGUCUUUUUACUAUAAAUAUGUAUACUCUAUAUUAGAAAUUGGUAGGAGCUCCAAGCAGAACUGUCCACGUAAUGCCAAAAGAUCCUUGCGAAUUCAAAUUGUUCAGUGAUUUCGAUGGGUCCAAAAGUUGCAGAUCAAGACUUCAAGAUUGGAAAGCUUGCAGAUCUAGGAAAGGAAUCUCCUGGAUCUAGGAAAGGAAUCCCCUGGAUCUAGGAAAGGAAUUCGCUGGAUCUAGGAAAGAAGUCGGUCGAUUCUAGGAAAAAGGAACCAGGCUCAACUAGGUAAUUGGUGCAUCCGCUUGAGUACAUAAUUGCCGUAUAAUGUGCCCCACAAGAUCUGAGCUGUUCUUCAAUUUUACUCCCGCGUAGAGGAAAAAGAACUCGCGCUGUCGGCUUGUGAAUAAGUUUUAUUCGAGAACAUACAAGAGCCUCUAAUUCUAGACUACGAUCGCAACGGAGGCCAUCACGCCAGCAGCGGUGCGACCUCUAGCACACAUGCUUUCGACCGAUAUGGAAGUGCAAGUACGUCCUGCAUUGGCAAAGACAGGGGCCCCCUGAUUCAGCAUAGCAUCGUGGAGAGUGGGACGAUCUGCGCAAAAAAAUACAAGUUAUCGACUGUGUGCAAUUAUUCCUUAUUCACUUCCGGCAAGGACAUGAAGCAGCUGGAGCUGACGCUGCUGGAUAACCUCGGGUAUAAUACAGUACAUGAUACAACUAGGUUGCGUAGUAUUCUUCUGUUUUUAAUUCAUGAAUAUCUGAUUCAGGGGUAAAGUGUUUGAAUGAUAUUGUGUCAAUUUUUUCAUGUAAAGAUUAAGAUUGAGAUUUUGACGGAGUGACAGAUAUACAUUGAAGUCCUUGGGAAUCCAAUACCACAGGACCUUCGAUCGUCGCAGCGAAGACGUGGAACACAUUCCCGAGUCCCUCUAUACUGCUAUUGGAAAGCUGAGCACAGUUAAGCAGGUGGAGAGUGCAAGGAGGCCUUUGGUGGUGCUUAUGGUAUUUCGCUCCUCUACGGAAGAAAGAAGGCGCAACGCGGAUUUAGAGUUAAGACGGGCGAGGACGUCAGAGCUUCUGCUUUUGAUUUCCAUAUUACUACAUUCUCAUUACCUACAAGAAAUGCGAGAAAGACUCAUACUCCAGACUUUGCUCUAAUCUAAACGACUCUUCUGCAGGCCAUGGCGGAUUAUUGCGGACCAAAGCCAUUCGAAGAGCGUGUGCUUCUUGUGUUUAGAGACAAACCGAACAUAGACACCGAUUAUGCAAAAGCUCGGGAGGAUUUGCGCAGAGAGGUGAAAGAUAUCGUUGACAAAGGUACAAAGAAGAAGACGAAUGGAAACAGAGGGAUGCGAAAGAAAGUGAAGGACGCCUCUCUUCAGCUCGGCAAAUUAUUGGAUAAGGGUAUUUUUCCGAUGCUCACCCAUGAUGAAGAUUUUCUGACUUUCAAUCUCUCUGCUCUGCUAGAGGCAGAGAACGACAGCUUGAUAUAGAAUAUAAAGAACUCCUGUGGUGCUGGAACUAAGACCAAUAAAGUGUUCUCAUCUACAGCUUACCUCCACUACCUUAAUCUCAGACCAUGCAUUCUGUCCGGCCCCACUCAGAUAAUAUCGCGCUUUGGGAUGGUUCCGUGGAGUCGGUGAGGUUUAUCCGUGAGCGGAUCGAGAGGCUGCAGGAAACGACAAACAUCCGCAGUAUUUUGUGGGGCGACAGAAAGUACGAACUCACAGCUCCACAGAAGUGUUUGUUGGAGACACUGGAGGCCACCUGUAGAGUCUAUUAAGGAAGACGGAAGUAUUAGUCACUUCACUUUCUCUGACAUAUGUUAGUCUGUUUCCUGUGACUUAGACUUUGUGACUGCGUGUGCCGCUGCGUCCUGAGUGGCGAAGCCUCUGACUCCGAACUCGGAAUUUUCUAACGGACGGAGCGGCCAAUCAAUUGUUACACUUCAUGUCCGGCAGUGAUAUUAGACUACCUCUAAUCCAGCGAGAAUGUGCAUGGAGCGGGAGAAGUCGGCACCGAGAGGAUUUCGCAACUCGAGAGCAAGUAUAGCUACCUCGGUUUUUUCUCUAUCUCGCUAGUACCUUUUCCUACAUACUGCAUCCCGCUCUGCAUUCUUUUCCCAUCGUGCAGAUCUUCACUAUGGAUUUCCUCACGUCGCAAAAUAGACUGCAGUGUACAACACUAACCUUCGGUCUUUUUGCUUUUUAAGCCUAAGAAGACGUGGCAACUUUGAAUCAAAAAAAUUCGAAUGAGGAUUUGAGACGAAAUAUUGAUAAUGUCAAUAAAUGUAGCUACACUACUGGCAACUCAGAGGCAGGACUACACUUAUUCUCAAACGACUACGAAAAUGCCUUGGCGUUUUUAACUACUGGCUGACCUACUACAACCAGGCUCGCUUUUGAGAUCGAGGAAAAAAAAGAAGAAUUCGCGCAAGUGAAAAAGGACUGCGAAGCGGUGCUAGGCAUAGAAAUGGAGGUGGACGAUUUUGAUUGGGAGCAGAUGCAAGCCGAUCGUGCGAGCGAAAAGAAGAAAGCCGAAGCGGAGUAUGAGAAGCAGCGAAAGGAAAUCGAGACUCUUGAUUACGAUUGUUUUUGUGAGCACUUUUUUGUUGAGAAGGCGUUACGUCUUUGCGUCCAAUUAGCAGGACACAAUACUUUUGUGUUAUCAUAUCCAUGACGAACAACAUUAUAUAUAGCUUUAAUUGAUCGCAAAAGUCUAAUCCUCUCAUCAGGAUCAUCAUCGUCGUCAUCAUUUUAACUUCAACAUGAUCAUACAUUUAUGAGUGUGCGUAUUUUUUUAUGCUCGUACUUCGUGCGCUCUUUUUCUCUAGCUUCAAAGCACAGUAAGAUGCUGAUGUCGAGUGUCAGCGUCUGAAGUUGAUCUUGAUCUAAUCUUCAAAGAAGCGUGAGAGGCACAAACAAAAAGAGAAGGAAGCGGCUGCUCGGCUCAAAAGAUUAGACAAGGAAGCCGAGGAUCAUCCCUUUCAAAAGCACACAGAACUGGUGCCCAUCAGUGUAGAGGCUGGAUACAAGUUAUGGAGUGGGCUUUUCUGUUUUGUCGCGAACAAGUUUGCAAGGUUCGACAUUAUUGAUUACUAUCUAGAUAAAUCACAUUUGCCUGCAGAACUAUGCUCCUUCAGUAAUGCAUACAUUCGGCAUAUGAUUACUACUUUGCCAUUAUUUUACUAGUAAGGAGAAUGCUUCUACGUAUAGGGAAGCUCUCUGUGUUUAAUUUGAUAGAAUAAAGGACUUUACAGGAACAGGAGUCACAAUGAAUCAUCCUGGCUGCCUGUAAAUGUAAUUAUGAUGGUCUCUGAAGAGAUCCUCUGUGAUUAUCUUAAACCGCACUGCGCUGUCAAGUACUCAGUCCCCAUGAGUUUUUUCGCCUCUGUGUAAGUUUUGCUGCAAAAUUGGCCAGGAAGGGUCAAACCUGAAGUGCAUGACCAUGAGAAGCUGUAGCGGUACAUCAAAAAAGACGAGUAAUUAGUUCAAAAAUCCCCAAUCUUUGAAACCCACCCUACUAAUGCAGCGCGCGACUCUGAAAGCAGUGCCGAAAACUCGAGUCUUCAGAUUAGUCCGCAAGGAAGUCGCUGAGGCUGCUAGUGGAGAGGCUUCACCCUUAAGUCUUGCGCAGAGUUGGUUUUUCCAGUAGUGAUAACCUGAAGGAGAGACGAUGAAAAAUUACUGGGCGAUGUGCGCAUUUCUUCUAAUCGUUGAUAUUGUCAUCUGCGCGGUUACUAUUUAGUUUGUAUCAAUUUUGAUGAUCCCAUAAUCUACGAAAGGACUUCGGAAAAUCGUUGAUUGACCCGCUAAUUUUCGACAUUCUGGGCGCAGAAGCGGCUGGUGCAGGCGACACGGGGGACGGUGAACUGGGGCACCCAGAUGAUGAGCAAGAGGACGAAGACGGAAAUGAAGUUAAGGCUAGGAUCCUAUGGAGGAGCUGCCUCCUAUCGAUCAAGUAGCUUCAUUCGCAUUCCUGAAGAACGAAAAGGUCCCAUACAUUAUUUUCAAGUGUCAAGUUAGUUUUUUUUGUAGUUUGUUUGUUUCAUGUUGAGCUCUAAAAGUGUGGAGGUGGUGGAAGCUCCGCCUUGCGGCUUAGACUGGAUGGAAGAAACGGACCCGGAUGACCGGAUGGGCAAAGACGUACUGUUUCUUCUUUCGUUUUUCUGUGAUUCUGCUAGAGUAAGAAGUUCGUAUGUGCUGUAUUUUUGAGUUGUUUCCUGCCUUAUGAAGACGAUUUCACACCACAUCGAAUCCGGAGAAUCGAGGAUUAGCAUGAAUUUCACCAUUCAAUCUAUUGAGGCAAGUAAUUAGUGUGUUUUCGCAGGCUUUUGGUCGAAAUAAGAUUACCCUCCUUGAUGUUGACUGCGUCUCUACGAUGAUAAAGAUUCAGAGAAUUCAGCAACACUUGAAUGCUAAGCUAUCACCCAGUGCUAGCCUAGCUCGCAUUACUAGUGAUGUCUUCUACCAUCCGAUUUUAUUAUCUAUCUAUAAUCUCUCCACGACCAUGAAUUAUCUUUAUCAAUUAUUCUUGACGAUAGCGCCGGCGCUUAAGUAGUUUUAGCAGAUAGCUAUGUAUCUUCCUCGGGUCUUUCUUUUUUCUAGUUAGGUCGGCUCCACCACGAUUUAUCAAUUAUUCUUGACCGGUGUUGAUCUUCACCAGGACCAGAAAUUUAAACUCGGACAAGAGCGAAGGGAGAGGGAGAUGGAGUUUAUUUUUAGUCCUCAAUUUGCUCGUCUGGAUUCCCGCGAAAGCUUCAGUGCGAGCUUGCAUCCAAGCGACACACUGAAAAAAGACAUCGAUGAAGUGAUGGACGAGGUAGACACGGAGGUCGAUGAUUUAUGGCCAGGAACACAGUACCCACCACUGUUAUCUAUUGCUUCUAAACGUUACUUAGGUUUAUAGAAGCAGUUUUGGACUCUACAGAUAAAUAGUUAUCUAUAGAUUGUUAUCUAUCCUCUGGUUGGCAAACUUUCAUUCUCCUCAAUCCCGUGUCUAGGCGCGUGGCUGCGUUGGAGACCCUUGAAUGAAUGAAUGGUGUAUGUGUUGGGUAUAGAAGCAGGGAGUGGGGUCUAUUUUUGCGUACGACUAAAGAUGACUCACUUAGUAGAGUACAACAAUUGCAAUAACUCAGCUGAGGUGAUGCACGAAAAGAACGAACAAGAUUAUUUAUGACAAAGUCGCGCCAGUUGCCCGUGCAUGAAGACAAGCGGUUCUCAACAAGCGCGUCUAGCAGUAGGAAAAAGCGCUUUAUUUACAUUUUCCCUAAGAAACGCUGACGAGGAAGAUGAGCGUGGUAGCCGUCCACUUCUUAUGGCUUUGGCUACACUUUUGGUCAUCGUGAUACUCUCCUUCUGAUGCGAAGCUUACAUAGAGGGGAGGAAGUCGUUAUUUACAUACUGGGGGAGGUGCGAUUGAGUACAGGGACCAAGAGCAGGACGCUGAUCUGUAACUAUAGCUGGUGCUUUUCAUCAGCGCGCAUUAAUUAAAAUAGCCAGAGAAGUCUAUCUUCAUUUCUCCUGCUAUAACGAUUCAAUUAGCUCAAAGACAACGAUCAGUAGGAACAAGUGACAGCUUCUCGAUUUCUAAUCCACUGUUUUUCCAAGCGAGAGGAGACUUCAAGGUCACUGGCAUAACAGUACUAGACCAGUCUGACCCCGAGGAUGAUGAAGGAAUUUUGGGAGACGAGGAUGCCCCCACGUGGGUGAGGCUGAAGCUUGAGUACAAGUUUCUGAACAACUACAAUACGACGAACAAGAAUAGACGCGGCCACCUUCCGAAUAUCAAGGCGUGCUUGAUUAAGGCAACGAAGAACUUUCAUAGAUAUAGCUUCUAAAGAGGUCUUCAAGAUGUUCCCCUUUCUCUGACAGAUUAGUGAUGUCAUGCUUCAAGAUAGGCGUUCCCAUUGCACUGCUGUAGUAUUCAAAAAAGAAGAGCCUUGUCUAUACAGCAGAAGUUUUCUCGCCAUUACUCUGCUUUUCUAAGAAAAGGCAGAAGACAAAGGAGACGCAAAGGCACGCAAGGGAUGCCGCUUCCUUUAGCCGGAAGACCGCGGGAGGAGCUAUCAAAGCUUGUGAGGAGAGGCUGGAGAAGGCCAAAGAGCUCGCGGCACGCACGAAGUUAAGGGCGCACUAUGAGCAAAGAAAGCACUGCGUGCCUGGCCGUGCUGCUAUUUCCUUUGAAGAACCAACCUAACGAGUCCUAGCACUUUUUCUGAGAUGUUAGUGGUAGAUAGUGAAACCAUAACCAUAAGAGCAACUGAGGAGGCCUUUACGCAAUGUUAUAUCAUGAGGAGCCUUCGUCGGUGUCGGCCCGUCGUUAACGUUAUUAGGCCAAGAGGGAGUCACUGUCAGAGCCUUGGUUUCUCGUCUAAUAAUGGCACACCUCGAGACGCUUGAUAAAGCGACGGAUCGAAAUAAAGGCAGAAACGUAGAAGAGAUGCAGAGGCACUUGCGCGAGUUGGAGGCAAGCAAGAAACUCGCGUGCGAGGUGCGCGAACAGCAUGCACGAUUGAGGUUAUGCCUACUCAGUAUCGUUGUAGUCCUAGUCGCAGCUUGGUUUUUAUUCACAGAUACGUAGCGCAAUUCUUUAUCCAAUUUGCCGCAUUGCUAGAAGUGGCGCUUUCUAGGUCUAGUUCGUAAGAAAAACAAUAAGUGUAUGUAGUUGCUGUAAAAGAUGCACGGUUACUAGUGCCUCUGGUUGGAGGAGGUUGUGCCUGACAUAUCGAAAGACUUCGAACACUUGACACCCACUUUUCUUGAACUGAGUAUCUCAUCAAGUUUCAUAGGAUAGCUCAUGCUCGUUUGGAUCAUUGUUUGUUAAACAAAGAUAGAGCUCGCAGUUGAGGUAGCACAGCAGCGCUUCCAUCCGAGUCCUCGCGUCUACCUCCACAGGGAGGGGGAGCGCCGUUUCUUUUUUGGUUUCUGCUUGUGAGAACAGUGAAGUGAAUAAAUGCCCAUCUAACAAACUUAAAGGACGAGAAGAAGCAAAAGCAGGUAGCUGAUUUGCUAUCGAAGACGUGCCUCCGUUUUGCGCCGGCCGCAGCGCGAUACUGCGUAUACGAACGCAGCAGCGAAGUUAUGCUUGGUGACUCACAUCUUCUCCAUCUUCAUUAUUGAAUACGAAGGCCACUAGUCCGCAUAUGAACUCUUACUGACAAGUGGCACUCGUAGCAGGAGUUUUAGAUGUUACCAAGGAAGGUGGGUAAUUAUCAUUCAUCCUACUCACGCUCUUGCUUUACCUAGUUGUUAUUUGUCCCGCUACUAGUAGAUGUGCAUGUAUUUUAGAGAAGAAAUCGUGACACUAUUCCUACUCAUGGCAUAGAAGCUUUUUCAGGUGGAGUGGUCUAGAUGGGUUGCUGAAUUUAUUAUAGGGUAGAUGGGUGCCCAGUUUUAGCUUACUGAGUAGGGUGCGCCUUUUUCCAGUUUUGGGUUGUUGCAUAGGUGGGGACUGGGUAGUGUAUGCUUCUAAGUGUCAAUGCCGUCCGAUUAUCCAGGCUUUGCUGGGAAGUGAUAAGAAAAAGUUGGAGGAUGUUUCGCCUUCCCUCCACCGCGUCGCCAAUAGCAGCGUCAGCACUUUUGGGAAUUAAGGCCGGUGGAUCAUUGUUUUGCGCCAGGUGUCUGGCUUGAUGACGAGUGCUUUCUGUUCAUUUUGGGGAGGUAUUUUUUUACUCGAGAACAGGGAAGGGAAUUGCGACGCAUGGAAUUUGAUCUAUCAGAUGACCAGCGAACGUUAACGCGUAUGCUGAUGCUCCUGGAUCCUUGCAGCAAUUGAAGAGACUGCGACAAACAUGAAAGACGCACACCAAUGAGCACACUGGACCUUAUUGGUGCAAUACAUGAAAAAUCUUCAGCGAGAAAGCUGGCCGAUACUUAUCGCCAGCAACAUGCACCGCAGUCAAAGACAGCCAGACAGAGCGGCUCUCUCUUUCUUUGACUUUUCAAGAUUUGCAGCUAGAUGGCUUUUAGCCGUUGAAGCUGAACCAUCAAAAACUAUCCAAUUCGUAGAGUAGAUUUCCACUACUCUACAUCCAGCACGGCAGUGCUGUGCUCUUCCUUUUCCUCCAUCAGAAUCCAUUUCAACAGGAACUACCUCAGGCGCAAACAAUGAUAGACUGCCUCUAAAUUGAGCAAGAUGAAAGUGGCAAGGCACCACUGGGCAUCUACGAAGCAACAGGCCUGAGUGGCGCAACGGCUGAACUCGAUGGCUGCCCACGAACAGAACGACAGCACAUCACUGCAACGCGCCUAGCAAGUCUCAAUCACUUGGGAGGCGCGUCCAGGUCCAAUAUGGGUGAAGUCAUCGCGAGUAGCAGCUGGACCUACCCAGCAGCCAGCUCGAGCUCCAGCCCGAGCUCGUCUGCUUAUAAAUAGGCGAGUCAAGGAAAUACUGAUCUGGGCUUUGCAAGGCGUCUUGUCGAUCCCCAACCUAUGAAUCAUGUCGAUCCCCACGUUAUGAACCAUCUCGAGCAUGAACAUAGAGAGCAUCUUGCCAGUACUGAAAUCAACAACGUAACGACCCACGAGCAUCAUGGCCAAGGAAACAACAGGAGCAAGAUACUCAUAACGACAGCAACACGGCGACGACGAUCAGCAGCAACAAGAUCAAAAUCUUAAGGCCUCAAGCGUGUGCAGGAGAAGAAUAAACUGAUGGCUCAACUAGAUGGUCCGGAUCUAGUUAGCCUGAAGCGAUGAAGGGCAUUAAGCUUGAGGGAUCUUAAACAAUAACAACAACAAAAGCCAGAGAUUUCGUCUUCCCAUUUUUGUCCUGUGCUUGUGCAGAUUCGCACUAGUCGCAGGACAGGGGCGACAUCGCGGAGGAUGGUGAAGCACAUCAUCCAAAACCGUAGCCAUUGGGCUACCUUAUGCUUAAUCUAAUUUUGAUGCUCUCUCGGCCGAAACACGUCUGGCAAAUCUUGGAGCCGUGAGAGGAUGCAACCUUCAAAGAAGAGAGUGAAGACUUAAAACAGUAUUGGCAUGGGGUGUCUGAAUCUGGAAAGCAUUGCCCUACUUUUUCACUCCUUCAUCCAUUGACGAAUCACGUGACAGUCUAAGGGGCUGCUCUAGUAUUAGUCCAAGCACUUGGUCUACCUGCUGAUUUUUUACGACAAGCACAAGAAAAAAGCCACCCAUUCUCACCAUAAGUUCUCGCCAAGAUGUUAAUAUGGCUACGAGAACCGGCUGCACCGGUUCUUUAAGGAUUUCAUCCCCACAUUUAUUCCUAGAUCAUCCCCAAGAAAUCAUCCAAAGCGUUCCGACGAAGGUUCUUCUACAAAUACUUGUUAAAUGGUCUUAGAAGCCAGCGAUCUCACGAAGAAAAACCAGCACCGUAUUCGGUCUACUAUCUGACUUAUAUAAUGUUACAAAUGCG